AUGAAUGGGACGACCACAACUACACCGAACAACAGUUCACCAUUGUGGGAAAUAGCAGGGGGUGAAAAAGGGUGGAUGCGCAGUGCCAAUAGGAAUUUGAAGCUGUGGAGGAAGGUGAAGGGCGAUCAACAUAAACUCCUCCAGCUAUUUCGUUUCUACAUCGAAGAAGCAGUGUUGCUGCCGGCCGGAAAUGAGAUGGACGCCAACUACCCAUCGUUGUCAACCAGUCAGAACUAG